AUGAGCUUCAAGCCAUCGCAACAUCAAGUUGCGGGUCAUGAUGGAUGUUUAAUAGCUAAAGGAUUAUUUGCUAAACCCAGCAAUGAUAGAGAGUCAAGUUUUUAUAGUCAAUUGAUAGAAUUCGAUAAUAAAAAGGCUAAAUCGUUUACAGAUCAAGAUGAUCAAUCAGGAUAUGUUGGAGAUUAUUUAAGUAACUGGGUACCUUCAUAUUUCGGUGAUUUAACAGAGAAUCAGCUUGAUGAACCUUUGGAUUUGGAUUUUGAUCAGAUGAAUGUGGCAUCAAAAUUCAUUCCACCUAAAGGUUUAGUCUCGACCGAUAAGAAAUAUAUUUUAUUAAGUAAUCUAUACGAGGAUUUUGUCAGUCCUAGUAUUUUGGAUAUUAAAUUGGGAAGCGUUCUUACCGAUGAUUUAGCUACACCAGAGAAAGUUGAAAGGUUACACAAAGUAAGUCAAUCAACUACCAGUGGUAGUUUGGGAUUUAGGAUAUGUGGAAUGAAGCUAUUCCAAAAAGAUGAAAAAUUACCCGAUUUGUCGAAAUUCAAAAAUGAUGCUAUCAAAAUUGAUGAGACGGUUCAAUCAGAUGAUGGCUAUCUUAAAUUCAAUAAGAUUUUCGGAAGGUCUUUGACUCCCGGAACUGUUCCUGAUGCGUUAAGAUUAUUCAUAAGUAAUUCUGUUGACGAAAAAUUCCAAUAUCAUUAUCUCGAACAAUUUUAUAAACGAUUACAAUUACUUUAUAAUUGUCUCCUAGACUAUGAGGUAAGAAUCAUAUCAGGUUCAUUACUUUUCAUAAUAGAGAACAAUCCAACAAUUUUAGGACGCGUUGAAGAUCCUGAAGAAUUUGAUCCUUUAAUCAGUGACAAAUUCGAUAUUAACGAAAAUGACGAAGAAGAAGAUGAUGACGAUGAUGAUGACGAUAAUGAAAACCCACACAAGAAAACUAUAAAGAAAUUAUCCUCUUUGAACAUGAUUGAUUUUGCUCAUGCUACAUUCGUCCCUGGACAGGGGCCCGAUGAUAACGUCUUGCAAGGAGUAGAGAAUUUAAUCAAGAUUUUUGAGGAUAUUCUUGAAGUUCAAUGA